GUGUGUGAGAGAGUGUGUGUGUGUGUGUGUGUGUGUUCUCCAUCCUCUGAGGCGUUCACGGAGCCCCACCCUGCCUCCUGUGCGUGCACCAUCUCGUCACACAGCACGUUUCUUGCAGCGGCAGCAGCGGGACGGGGCGCAGCGGAGCGGACAGUUGUGGAGACGGAGAUGGGAGCGCAGCGAUGACACGGACGCACCGGGCGGGGACGACGGCUCUGCGCGGCCGGGAGAUGCUGUGCUUGAUCGGAACCUGCCUCUGGCUGCCGCUCCUGGCGGAGGUGGUGGCUGAGGACAGCUACUUGAACGAGGUGCAGAACUCAGUGCCUCUGUCCUGCUCGGAGGGAUUCACAGAGCUGGGAUACUACAACGGCACCGUGUCCCAGACGGACUCCGGCGCCCCCUGUCUGAAGUGGACCGAGUUCCCCGACUACGUGAUGCAGUACCCGGGCCGAGGGCUGGGCGACCACAGCUACUGCCGGAACCCGGACCGGGAGUCCAACCCCUGGUGUUUCUUCAGACAGAACUCUGGGGCCAUUGGCUGGGCGUACUGCGACUGCCACCAGGGCGCCGCUCGGCUGGUCGGCAGCUCGUUCUCCGGCAGCGGGCGGGUGGAGGUCUACCUGAACGGCCAGUGGGGGGCGGUGUGCGACUCGCACUGGACGGACAGAGACGCCAGUGUGGUCUGCAGGCAGCUGGGCCUGAGUGACAUUGGCACGGCGCUGCAGCACUCGCAGUUCGGCUCGGGCUCCGGCCUCUUCCACUACGAGCGUCUGGGUUGCCGCGGGGAUGAGAACGCCCUGAGUAACUGCCGGAGCCGGACGUUCGUCACCGGCGACUGUAGCCAUGGCAACGAGGCAGCAGUGCUGUGCGCGCCGCCAGAAGGCAGUGGACCUCCGCUGCGUUUGGUCGGAGGCGAGGAAGACUUUGAAGGUCGAGUGGAGGUGUUUCACACCGGACGGUGGGGCUCCGUCUGCGAUGACCAAUGGGACGACAGAGAUGCCGAAGUGGUCUGCAGGCAGCUCGGUUUUGGGGGCGUGGCGAAGGCCUGGUCGUGGGCUCACUUCGGUCAGGGUUCAGGCCCGAUCCUGCUGGACGCCGUGAGGUGCACAGGAAACGAGCUCUUCCUGGAUCAGUGUCCCCACGGCGACUGGGAGCAACACAACUGCGACCACAUGGAGGAUGCUGGGGUCUCCUGCAGCCCUUACACAGAUGGCGUGGUGCGUCUGGUGGGAGGCGACAGUCCCUGGGAGGGUCGAGUGGAAGUUCUCCACAACGGCGACUGGGGCACGGUGUGUGACGACCACUGGACCCAGCAGCAUGCGGAGGUGGUCUGCAGACAGCUGGGCUACAGGGGUCACGCCGAGGUCGUGUCGGACGGCACUUUCGGGGAGGGCGUCGGCCUGAUCCUCCUGGACGACGUGCACUGCGCGGGCUCCGAGACCUCGCUGCUGGACUGUCCGCACGGGAUCUGGGGCCGGACCGACUGCUCUCACGGCGAGGACGUCGGGGUUCGCUGCAGGGCCCGAUCCGGCCUGGAGACCAACGAGGUGCCGGUCAUCGCGCCUUCCACGGGUCCCCUGGUGCGUCUGGUGGGUGGCGGCAGCAGAAAGGAGGGUCGAGUCGAGGUGUAUCUCCAUGGCGACUGGGGGAGCAUUUGCGACUCAGGUUGGAACGACCUGAACGCCGCCGUGGUGUGCAGACAGCUUGGCCACAGCGGCGGCGCGGUAGCAGCCCGAGGGUUCGGUCAGGGCAAGGGGCCCAUUCACCUGGACCAGGUGCGGUGCACGGGGAAGGAGGAGUUCCUGGGAGAGUGCCCCUCUCUGGGUCAGAGCUUCCAGAGCUGCCGGCGGCGGGAGGACGCAGGGGCGCGGUGUGACGCCGCGCCGACGCAGGAGUCGGCGGCGCAGGCCAAACCCGAGGAGCGGAGCUGCGGGCUGCGGAAGCUGGUGGUGGGGGAGGGGGAGGGGAGCAAGGGGAGGAGCCAGGGAGAGGAAAACACGCUCAGGACCACGUGGCCGUGGCAGGUGUCAGUGUGGCUUCAAUCCCAAGAGAAAGAUGGCGGUCCUCUCUGCAGCGGCACCCUGAUCAGCCCCUGCUGGGCCCUGACCUCUGCGCACUGCGUCAGCAGGUUCGGCAGCGAUCCGUCCAGGUACGUGGUGCGCGUCGGGGCGUCGGAGCGGACGCUCACUCCGGAGCGGGUGGUGGUUCACAGGAAGUACAAGGGUCAGAGCGGAGGUCACGAUCUGGCCCUGAUGAAGCUGCCCAGCGCCAAGGGCCACUGUCUGACCUUUGACCCCAACACGAACGCAGCGUGCCUCUCGGCCGCAGACACCGAAUCGGGGGGCAACGCUCCGUCCUCUUGUGUUGUCAUGGUUACCGCUGCGUGGACAGGACCAGACUCCGUUCUUGCGUCCUGGGUCCCUCUGAUGUCGUCCUGGCAGUGUAAGAAGCGCUAUGGCGACAGCUUCUCCAGCCACGGCACACUGUGCGCUGGCAGUCCUCCAGACACCAGCCUCCUCCAUGGCAACAGUUGCCAGGGCAACUCCGGAGGCGGGCUGCUGUGUCAGGGCGAGACGGGUCGAUGGGUCCUCACCGGGCUCGUCGCCGGGGGUUACAGCUGCGCUGACCCUUCCUCCCCUGCGCUCUACACCCGCGUCAGCCGCUUCAGGAGCUGGAUCGACGAGGUCGUCGGCGUGCGAGAGGAGCCGCAGGCGCACACGCAGACACGAGGAGAUCUGACACACAACGAUCUGACGCACGCACGCGAGGAACGCGCGCACGGCGAGGGCAAAGACGAAUACUUCCACACGCACGGCAAGGUCAAACCCGCACACGAUCAGCAGCAGACCAACGAAAUCGGCGAGAUUAAACAGAAACACGCGCACGCUCAUCAUCCACACACUGAUCAGCAUGUCGACGUGCACACUAAGAGCACACACGCCCACCACGUAGGGGAAUCAGACACAAACACACAGAUCCUGGUCUGAUCGAGGCUGUGCCAUAGGCUUACCAUCUGUGCCAUGUGACCGCCUGAGGAGGAGGAGGAGGAGGAGGAGGAGGAGGAGGAGGGUUAAAGGAAGAUGCUCUUAACUUAAAGUCAGUAAAAAUGACCGUCGCUGUGCUCGUUUCAGAUCUGAACUCAGUGUUGUGAAUCCCCAAGUGUUUGCGGUUGCUCGUCGUCGGCCGGGGGCACAGUGAUGUGGGCAGACGUUUCCAGGACGGACGACGGCGCGCGUGGGCGGCGAUUUGUGGCGCUUUUCCAUGUGUGUUACAGCCCGUCGCGAGCCAGAGCGAUGACUGAUGCGUCGGCAAAUGUUCAGAUCCAUCCGGCGUGCGGACGCGAGGGGGCCCGUCUCGGACACUGAAAAUCAAAAAAAAACUCGGCAUGGCAUGUAAUUUUAAGGACAAUAGUGUUAGCAUAAGAGCAUUUCGGCGGACAUGUCAGAGAUGGUCACACGAGAAUCUGCGCUAAAACAAAAUUUAACCUAUUAUUGUGUGUCUUCUGUGUGAGCUGUUAGAAGAUCUCUGUUAGGUAACAAAACGCCAACCAACCAACCAUAAGAGCAUCUAGUAUAAAGGCUGAAUGCAUUUCAUCACUGUUCCUCUAAACUCCAAACGAGUUACUGUACAUUUGGAUACAAAUUCAGAAGUGGGUGAUUUUUUGCUUUUUGCAAACAGGGCUCCUCUCUUCAGGCUGUUGCCUCGUACCUUUACUGGUGCAAGUGCUGUUGCUCAUUUAGACCCACGACUAAGCUGCUGUGUUUAACCCGGGACCAUGCCAGUGAUUUAGCAUGUUUUUUGUGUUUUUAUUGGGAAUAAUGUGGAUUUAACUCUGCUGCUGACGAGUCUGAAAGAGCGACCAGAGGGAAUUGAAUUCGCAAUUUUCAUUCCCAUUGUCAUCCAAUUACGUAUCUCAAAAACCUGACAGUGAAGCGACACAGAAAUGAACUGGGAAAUCAAAAUGGAAACACACAUCAACAGUAAUAAAAGGAGGAAUGUUGUACAAACAUCAGGAAAUCCGUCUUAAAGUGCGUCCGUGACGACACCGGCCGUGUUCACCUUGGUACGACUGGUUCUUGGUUAUCAUUUCCUGUGUAAACUGUCUUUGGGUGUCUUAAAAAGCGCUCUCCCAUUAUCAUAUUUUAUUAUAAUUAAUAUUACUGUAGUAGUAGUAGUAGUAGCAGUGAUUAGUGGUAGUAAUAUUAGUAGCAGUACCUUCCACUGUCAAACACAGAGGAAACUCUUUUUGCAAAGGGUUUAUCAAUUGUUUUUAAUGGCUUUAUUUGUGGUGAGUUAAAUUUUUUUACUAGUAAUUUAUGAACCCAGCUUAUAUUUUGUUAAUCCACAACUUUUGCCUUGUCGUUAAAAUCACAGGUGACUUACUCACUUUAACUUUGUGAACGUUAAUGACAUGAACACUUAUGUUUAUAAGUGUUCAUAAUAAUAGGUUAAAGACUUGAUAUUGGAAAGCUCUCAGAUCCUUGCGACCCCAAAAUUGCUAACAAAGCAUUAAUACAUCAUUUAUUAACCAUUAAAAAGUAAAUACUUGCAUUUUUUCUUUUAAAAGAUGCACAAUGCUCAAAUCAAAGUCUGCUGUUGAACCAUCAGCGUAUGAAGUAUGAAGCUUUUUGUCUCCGUUGUGUUGCAAAUGCAACAAUCUUCCCAAAAACCAUUCACCACUUUCCAGGCAGCUGUUUGUUUCCAUUGAUUUUUAUGCAAUAUGAAAAAAAAAGAAGAAAAAAAAUCAAUGAACACAAUCUGGAAACAUGAGAGUAAAAACAUUUUUUUGCCAGAGUUGUCAUUGUUGCUGUGAGGUAAUUCCCGAGCAGGUCAAUUAAACUGCAUUACCCCGCGAAAAACAACCUUUUAAAACAUUAUCUUGCAGGUUUUAAGAUUCCGCUGAUCAAUUUUCUAUUCCAAAGGGAAAAAGGAGGAAACAGCGGCUGCCUGGAAAACAGGAAAAAUACACAAACUGGAACACUUCAAAUAUGGUUAUAUGGUUUUGUCAGCAGAUUCAUCAAGUGUACACAAUCUGUUGUUGCGCGUUUGUGGAACACUGGUAUGGUCCCCUUUAAUUGUACAGGACAAUUCUCUCCUUUUAAAAAGCCAUCGGAGGCCGACUGUUGCGUUGUGAAAUAUCUUUUUUCUACUGAUUCCCGCUUAUGGCUCUAGAUAGAUGAACGUGUAGGCAGAUAGAUGAACGUGUAGGCAGAUAGAUGAACGGGUAGGCAGAGAGAUGAACGGGUAGGCAGAUAGAUGAACGGGUAGGCAGAUAGAUGAAUGGGUAGGCAGAGAGAUGAACGGGUAGGCAGAUAGAUGAACGGGUAGGCAGAUAGAUGAACGGGUAGGCAGAGAGAUGAACGGGUAGGCAGAUAGAUGAACGGGUAGGGAGAUAGAUGAACGGGUAGGCAGAUAGAUGAACGGGUAGUUAGAUAGAUGAACGGGUAGGGAGAUAGAUGAACGGGUAGGCAGAUAGAUGAACGGGUAGGCAGAUAGAUGAACGGGUAGUUAGAUAGAUGAACGGGUAGGGAGAUAGAUGAACGGGUAGGGAGAUAGAUGAACGGGUAGGCAGAUAGACGGGUAGAUAGCUACAUGCUCCAGAGUUUAGAUAGUACGUGUGCUGCAUUUUUAGAUAGCUGAACUACUGUGGAAGUUAAAUGUUGUCUGUUCUGUUGUUGGCUGAGCAGAUGUGUGAUCAGUCCAGAAGAUGGCGACAUUGCUCUAUUUUCACAGGGGCCACCUCUCCCUGGAUGAUGUUGGGCCCUGAUGAUGAUGUUGAUGACGAUGAUGGUUCUUUUUUCUUUUCUCUUUUUUAUACUCUUGCUGUAAGUGUACGGACUUGACUUGUGCUUCGAUGUGCUGUGAACCGCUGUGUCGUGAAGCAUCGUGUGACCCGCGAACUGCUGCUGUUCCCUCCAACACGGCUCCCCGUCCCGAUGCCCGUUGUUAUGAUCCUGUACAUACAAACCCCCCCCCCCCCCCCCCCCCCCCCCCCCCGUUCCCGAGACUUUGGAUGUUUCAACCAUGCAGAAACCGUGGGUUCAUGUAAAUACUGUUAUGUCUAUACAGCUGGAUGGUGAGGGGAGCAGAGGGGGAGUGUUAAAGACGGAGGCCUAUACUUCAACUGUGCUACUCCACCCAUCAGCUGUCCCUCAGUGUAACGUGCUGAAUCAUGGUUGAGUAUUAAAAACAUAUACCUGGUGAGAAAAGGUU